GGGGGUGGAACACCCCACACAACAGCACGAACCCACCCGCCCGGGGCUGGCCGGCACGGCCCGGGGUUGCAGGCCCACCCGCAUCAUGGUGUCCUGGAUACUCAGCCGGGUGAUCGUGCUGGUUUUCGGGAUGCUGUACCCUGCCUACGCUUCCUACAAGGCUGUGAAGACCAAAAACAUCCGGGAAUAUGUCCGCUGGAUGAUGUACUGGAUCGUCUUUGCGCUCUUCAUGGCCACGGAGACCUUCACCGACCUGCUCAUCUCCUGGUUUCCCUUCUACUAUGAGAUUAAGAUGGCCUUCGUCAUCUGGCUCCUCUCUCCCUACACCCGGGGGGCCAGCCUGCUCUACCGCAAAUUCGUGCACCCCACGCUGUCCCGCAAGGAGAAGGAGAUCGACACGUACAUCAUCCAGGCCAAGGAGCGCAGCUACGAGACGGUGGUGCGUUUCGGCAAGAGGGGCCUCAACAUGGCAGCCACGGCCGCGGUCCAGGCGGCUGCCAAGAGCCAGGGCGCGCUGGCCGGGCGGCUCCGCAGCUUCAGCAUGCAGGACCUGCGCUCCGUCCCCGACGAGACCCCCGUCCACUACCGGGACCCCCUGUACCUGGAGGAACAGGAGAACCGCAGCCAGCUGCUGGCCUACAGCACGCCCUUGGCCGGCCGGCAGUAUGAGAGCGAGAUGGAGGAUGAGGAGGUCUGGUCGGACUCUCAGGUCUCGCCCCAGCCUUCGCCCCGCGGCCGAGACCCCAGACCCCUUUCCCGCAGCCAGAGCCUGCGUGCAGCGAAGAAGAAAAUACUGGGCAAAGAGGGCUCUUCCCGGCCCUUCCGCAGCCGGACCAGGAAGAAAGCGGCUCCGUCGGAGCAGGACAGCUAAUGGUCCCCGGGGAAGCCCUCUUGUCAGGAGUCUUAACACGAGUUUGCUGCUGCCAACACCAGGAGGGAGCCACGGUUUGUGCAUCCCCGGCUCCGGGGAGGGGGGCUCCCCCCUGCAUUACACUGUAAAUCCUUUCUCUGACCUCUACGCCUGCCCGGCUGCACUGCGCACCUCCCGGCUGCCUCACAGAGGGGAGGGCAGCUCGACACCCCCAUACUGGUCCCAGUCGUGCUCCCCUCCCAGACCCCGCUGGUGCGGGUCGGCGCCGGCGCCUCUCGCGUGGGGUCAGGCUCUCCCCCCCUCUCCUCCCACCCCAUGAACACUACAGGCUCUGCUGGGGCCCCCUUUCUCCUGCUGCCACGAUGCCUUACUCCCCACAUUCCCCUCUCGCCUGGGAUCCAGUGAGGGGACGUGCCUUUGUCCCAUCUGUCCUCUGAAGCCAAAGACCCAGCCCCUGACCAGGGACCCCCCCCCCCCCCCCCAGCUGCAGGCUGACACCCCUAUACUUGAAACCAGGGCACCGGUGCCCGACCGUGCCCUGCUUGAUACCACACGGCUUUUAACGUUCUCCCCUCGCAGACGGGGGUUUUGUACGUGGAAAAAUAAAUGUUAUUUCCGACUUUCAGAAACGGGAA